AUAGGAACUUGAAGCUAACCUUAAACUGCUGUCUCAGACUUUGUCAUUUUGGCUUUUCUUUAAACGCCAGGUGCUGUGAUUACAGCUUAUUCCGUGAAACUAAAAGAAAGAAAGAAACAGAGCUCACGGCAAGUGGCUAAAACUUUCUAUCUCUGUAAAGUAUCUCUGAAUCUGAACCUCACCAACAGAAAUGAAGCUAAGCGAAGUCCUGAAGGGCUAACAGUUAGUACAUCGCCACAGUAGUGUCGGUUUUAUGAAUUUUAACCUACAGUACACACUGAAAGGGUAAAGUAAUGCUGACUUGCAGUGCAUGAGGUCUUUGUGUUGUGCUGAGAGGAGAAAAGGUGAUGUCUGAGGUCAGGCUUAACCUGCAUGAAGCCGAGAGAGGACCUAAUGGUGAGCAGAGUGGACCAUCUCCAGAGCCGAGCAGUGAAGCUUCCAGGCUCAGCCUGCAGGGGUUGCUGCCUGCUGACCACUCAUCCUCUGCAGAUGUUAGUCCUUCAGCUUCUGCUGAGCCAAGUGGCUUGUUGUCUUUACCAUGGGAGAUCUUAACCCACAUCGCCUCACACCUCCCGGCUCAGUGUGUCAUCACUGUGCUGCCAAAGGUCUGUCAUGCGCUGAGCGAUGUGGGUAAGGACAGCACUGCCUGGCAACUCCGGGCGCGGAGACUGAUAGGAUCAAGAGCUGGAUUUCCAGUGGGCCCAAGGGAGGACUUUGACUGGCCUACGGCUUGCCUCGAGAUAGAGCAGCUAAUAACCUGCUGGACCCGAGAUGCAGAUCGUGUGGCUAAACAGAUCCAGGAAGACGAGGAGGAGAGGGCACAAGUGAGGCAGCAGCGGAGGGAAGGCCAAGACGGGGAAGCAGUGGCAGGAGGACAGGAAGGUGAUGGAGGGGAUGAGGUGGAAGGGGUGGGAGUGCCAGCACAGGAGGUUGCGUACGGCGUUGAUGAAGAGAUGGAGAUCGCAAUAGAAGGCGAGGAUGGUGAAAUACAGCCGGUCCCAGCUGACGACCAGCUCGCAAGGUUGAGAGAGGAGUUGGAAGACAGACUGGAGGAUGAUGCAGCUGCACUGAUGGAAGAAGAGCGGAACCCCAGGAUGGUGUUUCAAGCUGCUGAGUUGCAAGCUGCAGUUCUUAACCACCAGCAGGACCUGGCAGAACCCGUCAAUCUGGGUAAUGGAGGACAGAUAGACAUGAUGCAACAUCCGUCCCCCAGAAGCCCCAGCCCUCCUCCAGCGCUGGAGUGCGUCACGCUGCCUUCGGGCCACAUUGCACAGAUCAACUCAGUCCUGUUCCUCGGGGGAGAAGGCAAAGUCUGUGCCACGGCGUCCAGAGACUGGAACGUCAAACUGUGGGAUCUGCAGGCGGGCCCUAACGGAGCCCUCCUGUACACACUGGGAGGGCAGGGCGACUUCAGCACCCAUCGGGGCUGGGUGUGGUGCCUGGCAUCCCGGGGUCCUCUGCUGGCCUCGGGGGGCUUUGACAGUACCGUGAGGCUGUGGGAUCUCCAGGCCGGCGGGGCAGAGAGGGGCCUGAUCAGAGCCGGAGCCGCCGUCCUCUGCUUGUCCUGUCAGACAGACGUGUUACUGGCUGGCACAUUCGACAAGAGGGUCAGCAUGUACGACCCCAGAGCUCCUGAGCCACUGAUUAAAAGCCUCCGUCUCCAUGGUAACGCUGUGAUGUGCCUGGCUGCAGAUGACAAAUACAUCAUCUCUGGGAGUAAAGACUGCACCGUGGCCGUCUACGACCGCAGGGCAGGCAAAGGCCUGAAGAAACUUCGGCUGAGCUCUUAUCUGAUGUCAAUGAGCUACAGCGGCAACGAAAUAUGGGCAGGAGACAACAGCGGCAUGCUCCACUCCUUCUCCAUGCAGGCGGGGACCUUGAAGCCUCUGUCCCAGUUCGAUGUGGGACACACAGCCCUGAUCACCGGCAUACAGAAGACCCCCGGAAGCCUCUACACCUGCUCGUCUGACUGGACAAUCAAGGUUCAUGUUCCUUGUGCGCCUCCAAGGACUUUAUGCACUUUACAGCAUCAAGCAGCCGUUCAUGGGCUGAGCGUGGAGGCCGGAGUCCUCGCCGUGGCCUCGGGUUACGGGAGUGUGGAAAUCUGGAGGCCCAGGAAAUGAAAGAGCAAAAACCUGCACACUACAUGGAGAGACUUGAACUCAGGUGUGGACGAGACCUGAAGCACGUCAACGCCUGCUGACCACGCUGGCCAAAGAAGAACACGGAGCCCAUCCUGUUGAACACAGAGACGCCCUGCAGGCUGGACACAUCCAGAGAGGCACCAGUGGUCACUUAUCAGGUGAAUGCUGACGACAGAUGAACCGUCUGUGGCCAAACGCAUUAUUUUAUUUUAUAAGGGUUUAGGGUUAAUUUAACUUCAUUUUUUUAUUCCGUUUUCUUGUGUUGAAACUGUAAACCGUUAAUAACUUCCAGUGACUGAUAUGUACAUCUUUUAAAUGUCAUGUGCAGUGAGAAGCUCGUUUCCAAACCCUCUGUGACACUGAUUAUAUCUGAAAAACUGUUUAUUUAUACACAACCGUCAAAUCAAAUCAAUAUGAUCUUAUUUGUAUGUCUGAAUAUAUCGUGUGUGUGUGUGUUGGUUCUAACACUGUUUAAAUACUGAAUAGCGUGGAUAACUCUAUAACCCUCAAUCUGUUAAUCAUUUGCACAAUACUUGACAUAUGCAUUCAUUAAAAAAACACUGACAGACUAUUUCAAUGGAAGACGCCAUUAAAUGUCCUAAAAAUCC